GUCAUGCCAGAGUCAUGGGGCCCUGGCCCUGCCGGCAGCAGGGCCUUCCGCAGGGCUGCCGCUGCCGUGGGGAAGGACCCCCGCCACCUCCGAGGGGCAAGCACACCGGGGAGGGCCGGGGCCAGGCAGGGAGGGGCUGGCUGACCCCCCAGGGGCCCAUACCAAGGGCUGUGGCUCAGGCUGUGGGCCCCCUGAGCCGUGGGCCUCCUGGUCUGAGAGGCAAAAUAAGAGACUUGCAAGUCAGGAGGUUCUCAGCUCUCACCACUGGUCUGGAGCGGCACAGGGUGGACGCGCCCUGCACAGUUCGUGCCUGGACAGUGUGCCAGCCAGCACCUCGGGCAGGCGCGCGGCAGGCCCUGGGCUCAGGCGCCUGUCCCAUGUGGCCUCGCCGCUGGCCUGGCCACAUGUCCGUCUGAGGGCCAGAAGUGCCGGUGGCCCUGGGCACUCCGGGAUGGUCAGCCUCUCUCUAGUGUCACAAGACCCUUCCAGCCAGUGGCCAACGGGGACGUUGUCCGCAGACUGGAAGGUGGCCGUUGCUAACCUUUCCUUUUCACUGGUCAGACUCAGAGAGGAAGGCAGAGGUGCCACCUCCCCGACUUCGCUGCUUAUCGCUUGGGUACGGCCUCUUUGGCCUGCCCCUGCCCACUCCACUGUCCCAGGCCGAGAAUGCCCCUGUCAAUGGCUGCCAGGGCCCAGCCGCCACUGAGGAGGACGCAGAGCCCAUGCAGCUGGGGAUGGGGCCCCCACCGCCACUGCCUACCUCUCCCGAGCCGUUCCAGACCCUGUUGACCCCGCUGCCUGCUGGGAGCCUGUCCCUGUUUCCGCCGUAUUUCGAAGGUGCCCCCUUCCCGCCGCCGCUCUGGCUGAGGAGCACCUACCAGCAGUGGGUUCCGCAGCCGCCUCCCCGGCCCAUCAAGAAGACCAGGAGGCGCCUGUCCCGCAGCGGCAGCCGUAACUCUGACUCGGGCCGGCUGACCCUGAGCCCCAUCUGCCUGCGGCCGCGGCGGGUGCUCUGUGAGAAGUGCAAGAGCACCCUGAACACCCCGGAGGCCAGCCCGGCACCUUCCACCGUCCCCCGGCCCCGCCGGAGACUGGGCAGCGGCCCUGACCCAGACAGGGAGCCCCACAAGCAGGGGAACCGUGAGGGCAAGGGUGCCACCACUCCGGCCCCGGCCCCGGCCCCGGCCCCGGCCAGGAGGAGCAAGAGAGAGCGGCGGGAGGAGGAGCAGGUGAGAGUCCCUCGGAGCCCAGCCAUCCGGAUCUCCUACAGCACGCCGCAGGGCGCGGGCGAGGUGGUGCAGAUCCCGCCCCGCGUGCACGGUUCCCUGGAGCCCUUCCACCCCCCGCAGGCCCAGGAGCCCACGGCAGCUCCGGACAGGUCACCUGAAGGCUCCUCUGCCUCCAUCCCCAAGCUGAAGCUGACACGGCCUGUGCCCCCCAGUGCUGACCUGCUUCCCCCCAAGAUCCGCCUGAAGCCACACCGCCUGGGGGCCGGCAAGCAGCAGCCCGUGUACAAGGCAGAGUUGGUGGAGGAGCUCGAUGGCCUUGGGCAAGGCCCCCCGGCCCACCCGCCUGCGCCCCCCGCCCCCGCCCACAUUGUGCUGGUGGAGCUGUCCUCAGGAAGUUCUGGCGAGGAGGACGACGCCAAGGGGUGUCCCCAGGGUAAACUCGCCAGCUGCCCGGGGAGCACAGCCACCUCGGCCCGGGCAUCGGUGUGCAGCAGAGACGGCCUGGACGAGUCCAAGUCGUCCAGCUCAGAAGUGCUGUCCCCAGACACCUGCGACCCACCUGCUGGCACCGGCGUGUCUGCGACAUCCCCCUCCGGGCAGGCGGGGCAGACGGUCCCGCCCCUGACGGUCAGGCUGCCCACACAGAGCCUCUCCCAGUGCGUCACCGAGGACGGGAGGACCGUGGCCGUGGGGGACAUCGUGUGGGGUAAGAUUCACGGUUUUCCUUGGUGGCCGGCGCGCGUGCUUGACGUCAGUGUCAGCCAGAAGGGGGACGGGGCGCCCUCUCGGCAGCAGGCGAAGGUCUCGUGGUUCGGGUCUCCAACUACAUCACACUUGUCCACCUCCAAACUCUCCCCCUUCUCGGAGUGUUUCAAACUGAGGUUUAACCGUAAGAAGAAAGGGCUGUAUCGGAAGGCGGUAUCGGAGGCCGCCGGUGCCGCGGGACACGUGGCCCCGGAAGUCAGGGAGUUCUUAGCCCAGGUUGACACGUGACUGGGCCCCCUGGCCAGGUCACCGAUGAUGAGGACACUGCUGUUCUCCGGAGCGUUCGACUUCGGGGUGUUCUCUUCCUCCGCGCCCCCCUGUUCUGUCUGAGGGACCCUGCGUGCCUUCUGGCUGGCCGUGUGCAGAGACGCGCCAGGCUGGCGGUGGUCGGCCCGGCUCCCCGGAGGAGCGGUGUGUCUGGCUGGAAGGACCGAGCCCCAGGACACCGUGGGUCCUGAUGGCCGAACGUGUUUAUUCUUCCGACUGACAGUAGUUUUUCUGGGAAGGGCCGCCCCACAGGCUCCAGGACAAGCUAUUGCUGCAAGUCAUGGGUGGGGGCCCGGUGAGGGGGUCUCUGUGCCCUGGAGCAACAGGGACCCACGCUCCUGCUCACUUCAGAGCUGGGUCCCGCCAAGCACCCAGCGCCGGCCCCCAGGCCGCCCUGCCCCCGAGGUGCCAGGCGGUGCCCGUGCAGACCGGCGAUGCUGUCACUUGGAAACAGACUUUGCCGUCCGAAGGGGGAAGUGUGUUUCUUUUCCCACGUCGUCACUUUCAAGACCAAAAAAUCGGGAAGAAGAGCGUGAGCCCUUCCCUUUCUUCGUCCUGCGUAAGGACCCUCCACGCAGAGUCCCCGCCGGCGCGGCCCCCACGCCACCCAGGGAUGCGGGCCUCUGGGUGUGCGGGGCAGACAGCAGGUCUAAUUAAAAGGGAAGGCAGCUUUCGGUUUGUUAAUUUUUAA